AUGCCAGACUACCUCGGAGAAGAUCAACGCAAACAGAAAAAGGAUCCCACUAAAGAAGAGGAGGAAAAGACUUUUCAAGGUAAUUUUUAGUUUUUUUUGUCUGCGUUUAGGAUCUGUUACCUAAAAUUAGGUAAAGAUUGCGUGUAAAUUUAAACAAAAGCUAAUGAACGUUUUACAGCGCUCGAUGAGGGAGAUAUUGCCAUUCUGAAGAGAUAUGGACAAGGGCCUUAUGCGGAGCAAUUGAAAAACCUUGAAAAUAACAUUGAAAGUUGUCUGAAGCGGGUCAACGAACUUUGUGGUGUAAAAGAGAGUGACACGGGUUUGGCUCCGCCAGCUCUGUGGGAUAUUGCCGCCGACAAGCAGGCUAUGCAACAAGAGCAGCCUUUGCAGGUUGCGCGUUGUACCAAGAUCAUCAAAGGCGAAGGACAGGAUGCCAGAUAUCUGAUCAACGUCAAGCAAUUUGCCAAGUUUGUUGUCGACUUGGCCGACACUGUUGCACCCACCGACAUUGAGGAGGGCAUGAGAGUUGGUGUGGACAGGAAUAAGUACCAGGUAAAUGUGAUUUUCCCGACUUUUUCGCGUCGCAAUAUUAUAUUAUUUUAGGUAACAAAAUUAGACAAAUUGUUAAAUUUCUGUAAAUUAAGAGUGAAUGUUUCCAUUUGUUGUCUUAUUUGACGAGUUAUAGAUCCAUCUUCCUCUUCCAACCAAAAUCGAUCCGACUGUCACGAUGAUGCAGGUCGAGGAGAAGCCAGAUGUCACUUAUGCCGACAUUGGUGGAUGUAAAGAGCAGAUUGAGAAGCUCAGAGAGGUCGUUGAGACCCCGCUGUUGCAUGUAAGUCUUUGAUAUUUGUUUUUCGAAUUUUAGAAACUAAAAAUACCUUUUUCUUGACAUGAAAGCGGAUUGAAAUUUCGACCAAGUCAGUUUUAACGCCGUCGUUUUAGCCCGAGCGCUUCGUCAAUCUGGGAAUUGAGCCUCCGAAGGGCGUGUUGCUCUAUGGUCCUCCUGGUACCGGUAAGACCCUCUGCGCCCGAGCCGUCGCCAAUCGCACCGACGCCUGUUUCAUCCGUGUGAUUGGCUCGGAAUUGGUCCAAAAAUACGUUGGAGAGGGUGCUCGCAUGGUCCGCGAGCUCUUUGCAAUGGCACGAACCAAGAAGGCAUGCCUCAUUUUCUUCGAUGAAAUUGAUGCGGUUGGCGGUGCGAGAUUCGACGAUGGAAUGGGAGGAGAUAACGAGGUGCAGAGGACCAUGUUGGAACUGAUCAACCAGUUGGAUGGGUUUGAUCCGCGAGGCAACAUCAAAGUUUUGAUGGCGACCAAUCGACCGGAUACGUUGGAUCCGGCGCUUGUCCGACCAGGCCGUCUCGACCGCAAAAUCGAAUUCGCUUUGCCCGACCUGGAGGGACGCGCCAACAUCUUCAAAAUCCACGCCAAACAAAUGAGCGUCGAGAGGGAUAUUCGAUAUGAUCUGCUGGCCAGGUUGUGCCCCAACGCGACUGGAGCCGAGAUCCGAUCCGUCUGCACCGAAGCCGGCAUGUUCGCCAUCCGCGCGCGCAGAAAGAUGGCCACGGAAAAGGACUUUCUCGAAGCCGUCAACAAAGUCAUCAAGGUCUACGCGAAAUUCUCGGCCACCCCCAGAUACCUAACCCACAACUAA